UAAUCGAUACAACAUCAUUGUGAAAUCGUUCCCCGUUGGAAGCAGAUCGUGUUCUCCGUGAAUAUUCUAAAAAACAAUUGUAACUUUUCGUAACGAACUAAAUAAAGAUGGCACGUACCAAGCAGACCGCCCGUAAAUCAACUGGAGGCAAGGCUCCUCGCAAGCAACUGGCCACUAAGGCAGCCCGUAAAUCGGCCCCGUCCACAGGUGGUGUUAAGAAGCCCCAUCGUUAUCGUCCCGGUACUGUGGCUUUGCGUGAGAUCCGUCGCUACCAGAAAUCGACCGAGUUGCUCAUCCGCAAACUGCCUUUCCAACGGUUGGUGCGUGAAAUCGCACAAGAUUUCAAGACCGAUUUGCGUUUCCAGUCGGCAGCUAUCGGUGCCUUGCAGGAAGCCUCCGAGGCCUAUUUGGUUGGCUUAUUUGAAGACACCAACUUGUGCGCCAUUCACGCCAAGCGUGUCACCAUUAUGCCCAAGGACAUUCAGUUGGCGCGUCGCAUUCGCGGCGAGCGUGCUUAAGCGACAACAAAACAAAUAAUAUUAACAAAAAACAAAAACAAAAACAAAAAAAUACACAACAAAUCACA